AUGGCAUCAACUACUACGUCAAUCACAUUGCCCAACGGCAAGAAGUACGACCAGCCCACAGGUCUCUUCAUCAACAACGAGUAUGUCGCUGCUUCAGGCGACGAGUUCACAGUGACAAACCCAGUAACCGAGGAAGAAGUCAUCAAGCUAAAGGGAGCUUCCGAAGAAGAUGUCGACAAAGCCGUUCAAGCUGCGCGCAAAGCUUUUGAAGGCGAAUGGUCAGAGCUCGCUGCUGUAGACCGCGGUGCAUUCCUCUACAAGCUUGCUGAUCUCAUUGAUCGCGACCGUGAGCUCAUCGCUGCUAUUGACGCCUUUGACAAUGGCAAGCCUUUCAGCGCUUGUCUCGCUGGCGAUCUCGACGAGUCGUACAAUGUCUUCCGAUACUACGCUGGUGCCGCCGACAAGAUCAGCGGCAAGACAAUUGAGACAUCUCCCGCCAAGCUCGCAUAUGUCCUCCAAGAGCCUCUUGGUGUCUGCGGACAGAUUAUUCCAUGGAACUUCCCUUUCAUGAUGCUCGCGUGGAAGGUCGCGCCCGCGCUGGCCUGUGGUAAUACCGUCAUCCUCAAGCCCGCCGAGCAGACACCUCUGUCUGCCUUGUACUUCGGUAACCUUGUCAAGGAGGCUGGUCUCCCUGCUGGCGUUGUCAAUGUCCUGCCUGGUCUUGGUCCCCAGACUGGAAAGGCUAUUGCCGGGCACAUGGACAUUGAUAAGGUUGCGUUCACAGGCAGCACCAAUACUGGUAGGGCUAUCAUGAAGGAUGCCGCGAAUAACCUGAAGAACAUCACGCUUGAAUGUGGUGGUAAGAGUCCUUCAAUUGUCUUUGCGGAUGCAGAGCUGGAGCAGGCUGUUAAGUGGUGUCACUUUGGAAUCAUGGACAACAAGGGCGAGGUUUGCACAUCCACCUCGAGAAUCUACGUGCACGAGGACAUCUACGAAAAAUUCCUUGAGAAGUUCGUCGCGGUCACAAAGGAGAAUGACAAGCUCGGCGCUCCCUUUGAAGAAGCAACAGUCCAAGGUCCUCAAGUCUCCAAGACCCAAUUCGAUCGAGUUAUCUCAUAUAUCGAGGAGGGACGCAAGUCUGGUGCUAGACUCCUAUAUGGUGGCAGCAAAUACGGCGACAAGGGCUACUAUCUCCAGCCAACAGUCUUUGCAGACACUACCGAGGACAUGAAGAUUAUGAAGGAAGAGAUUUUUGGUCCUGUUGUCUCCAUUGCCAAGUUCUCGACAGACGAGGAAGCUAUCGCCAAAGCUAACGAUACAUCCUACGGUCUUGCAGCUGCUCUAUUCACCGAGAAAAUCUCACGGGCACACAAGGUCGCUCGCAAACUUCAGGCUGGCAUGGUUUGGAUCAACUCGUCUGGCGAUUCACACUUUGGUAUUCCCUUCGGCGGAUACAAGUCGUCUGGAAUUGGUCGCGAAUUGGGACAGUAUGCGCUGGAUGCCUACACUCAGUCCAAGGCCAUUCAUGUCAACCUGGGAUUUGAGCUCGCCGGGCAUGAGAUUGCCUAUCAGCAUAUCCCCUUUCUACAACAACAACAACAACAACAUACCAUUGCUACAGUCACAAUGACCGUCACCGACCCUGUCAGUCCAGAUGCCAUCAGGGCAAUGUUUGCCUCUGCCCUUUCGAGCAUGUAUAGACGUGAAGUUCCCCAAUACGGCACACUCCUCAAGCUUGUAUCCGACAUCAACCACCAAAAACAUCAACCCAUCGAACCCCGUAUCGAGGUUGAACGCCAUGGAGCCAUCAGACUUGGAACACCAGAAGAGCUAGCAAUGAUGCGGCGAUUAUUCGCUGUAAUGGGCAUGCAUCCUGUUGGAUACUACGACCUCACUGUCGCCAAUCUCCCAGUCCACGCAACGUGCUUUCGACCUCUCACACAAGAAGCCCUGGCUUACAACCCUUUUCGGGUAUUUACAUCUUUAUUGCGGCUUGAACUCAUCGAGGACGAGACACUUCGGACACAGGCUGCCGAUAUCUUGCGGAAACGCAACAUCUUUACAGAUCGAUGUGUGGAACUGAUCGAAAUGUUCGAGUCACAAAAGUCUUUCUCAACAGAGGUUUCAAAAGAAUUCAUAAAAGAAGCCCUCGAAACUUUUAGAUGGCACAAAACAUCAACAGUUGACAUGAAAACAUACAAAGCUCUUCGAGAAGCACAUCCCUUGAUUGCAGACGUUGUCUGUUUCAAAGGACCUCACAUCAACCAUCUCACGCCCCGGGUCCUCGAUAUCGAAACAGCACAAGUUGAAAUGCUUCGAUAUGGCCUCCAAGCCAAAGACGCCAUUGAAGGACCUCCACCGAGACUUUGCCCUAUCCUCCUUCGCCAAACAAGUUUCUUAGCCCUUGAUGAAGCGAUUGCUUUUUCAGAAGGAGAAGAAACUGGAGGCAGCCACAAGGCGAGAUUUGGAGAAAUUGAGCAGCGAGGAAUGGCUUUGACGCCCAAAGGAAGACGCUUAUACGAUGAUCUUAUCAACGAGUGGCGAGGGUCUGUAGUCGAGCUCACAUCUGAUGCCAAGUCUGGUUCGAAGGAGCAGAUUCUUGCAGAGGUUUUCCAGAAGUUCCCUGAUGAUUUGGAAACCAUUAGGAGAGAGAACCUCGCAUACUUUACAUACAGCCCUACUCCUAAGCUAUCAAAAGACUCUGAUGUAAGCAUCGACAGUCUUGUCAGCUCCGGGGCAGUUAAGGCUGAGCCGAUUACAUAUGAGGAUUUCUUGCCUGUCAGUGCAGCUGGGAUUUUUCAUUCAAACCUAGGCGAAGAUGGUGGGUUGAGUCAUGUCGCAGAAGCGGAUCAGGAGUUUUUCGAGAAGAGUCUUGGAUGUCAGGUCAAGAGGGAAUUCGAGCUGUAUAGUGAAAUGCAGGAAGUGUCGAUUCGAGGAUGUCUGGAGACAUAA